GGCGUUUCAAAGUUCCCUAACCAGCAUUAAUUAGAUAAUUAUUUUGAAUUUCUUUUAAGAAUUGUUGUUGAUCCAAACGGUACAGUAGUUCGAGUUCCUAGUUAGGGGUCACCGCCUUUGGAGUAAGGUAAUACUGUUUGUUACAGUUAAAGAUGGUCAGCAGAGAAUCUGAUACAUAAUUAGACUAGCUACUACUAGUUCGAUGGCACAUACAUAGGUCAGUCACAUUAUCAUGCAUAAUUUUCUAAACCGUGAGGAGGAAUUUGGAUGCAUCACUGAAUAGUUUUCAAGAGUUUCUGGAGUUCAAUCUCCAAACCAGUCUAUUCCUACCUAGUAUUAUUCAUAAAUGGGACACUACUCGGGUGUAUUCUAUCCCCGUAACUGCCGGAGUAUGGGGAUUUUGAACUCAUUUUAAUUCAGGUGUCAAACCCACAAAUACAAAAUCCUAAUGAACAUGUGCAGACUAACAAGAAUAACCUUAGCACUAUCGGAGUGGUGGUCCCUGUACUCAGGCUUUUCGUCUUUAUUUUAUCUUAUUUUAUUAUUUAUUUAUUUGUUUGUUUAUGAUUAUUAUUAUCAUUAUUAUUAUUAUUAUUAUUAUUAUUAACUUCAUUGCUCUCAUAAUGGUAC